AAAAUGUAUAAAGAUGGGAACUAUCCUUGUUUCCCUUAUUGGUGCUUUGCCCUGCUUCUCACCUCUGUCGGUCUUUUUACUUGUCUGUCUCUCUUUCUCUGUUUCCCUGUCUCUCGCCAAUAUAUUUUGCAUUUUAUUUUGCUUUCCAAAUUCUCAAUCGAUCGUUCGCCCAUUCCAUUCUUCCUAUAAUUGUUCUAGGCGUAUCAUCGCUAAUCCUUAGGAACCGAUCUAUGUUUGUAAAACGAAACCCCAUAAAGACAUCUAUUUUUUGUAAGUACAGCCUGCGAGGCCCGGCCUACACGUUUUCUAUAGCAAGAGCAUCACGAUGCGCAUCAAUUAAUACGCGAACAGCUUUUUGAUGUUGAACGGAAGUGUUUUGAUGUGAGCUUUUGGCUUCCGGAUCAACUUGUGCGUGAGACAGAGUCCUAGAUCUAGAGGUGUUUUGUAUGCCAUAAAUAUAAUGUUGUUACUGGCUCGAGACCACAAACUAGCUCGACUUCUCGGGAAAUUUCCAUGGCGAUUUAUCCUCCGGACUAUUUCGGUGACUACGGUGCUUCAGUUUUGUCUGACAACAAUUGCAUUGCUCAUGCUAAAAAUUGUCGGCAUCGCCUUCACAGACUUGUUCGGAGACGGCACGAUGAUUUGGAACUCGCUUUUCGUUCGCAACAGUGAAACCGGAUUCGGGGCAUACCGUGAGAUGGUUGUGGACGAUGGACUUUACGUGGCAGACCAGCUGACUGAGACGGUGCUCAGCGUGCGAGAUGAGUGUGAGGACGUGUCCAGUUAUGACGCGCUCAUGGUCGUCCACUCGGCCAACCACCACUUCCAGAGACGCCGAGAGUACAGGGAUACAUACGGCAACCCAGAGUUCACGCAUCCUUACAGGAUCAGAGUUGUCUUCUUUGUGGGUCUGUCCACCGACCCACAGCUGACCGCUGACCUCCGAAUGGAGAACGACCUGAAGGGGGACACUGUGCUGAUAAGUCACGUGGACCACUACCGGAACCUGACGCUAAAGGCCGUGGGCGUGUACAGAUGGCUGGCCGAGAGCUGCCGCGGGGCCAAAGUCGUGCUGAAAAUUGAUGACGAUGUGCUGCUCGACGUUCACAGGUUCUUUCAGGAGUUCUGGCCGCCGCCUGCACACCAGCAGGAUGUCAUAUUCUGUCACGUCUGGCCCUACCCGGAGGUGGAGAGAGAGGGCAAGUGGGGUGUACCUUACAAGGAGUUCCAGGGCAAUGUCUUCCCGCCCUACUGCAGCGGCUUUCUGGUCGUGGUCAUGCCUCAUCUCGUGGAGGACAUUUAUCAGGUAGCCAGGGCCACCCAAUAUCUGUGGCUUGAUGACGUCUUCAUAUACGGGCUCGUACGGGAGGAGCUUGAGUUUGUCCAGCUCAUCAACCUGGACCACCUGGCUUAUGACGUCAAAGCAUUUUCGCACUGCACGAGACGCUACGGAUAUCGGUGCAAGUACUGGGCCGUCGUGUUGGGUCCGGGAGAAGACUUUCUGGCGGCCAGCAUACACACACAGGCUCUGAGGAGCAGAGCGAUCGCUGGCGAUGAGGGUUAAGGGGAGAUGACAGCGGCUCUUGGUAGACUGAUGUGCUAAGGGGAUUCAUGGAGAACUGCGUUGCGGGAUGUGUAGUGAAUUGAAAGAACCCAUUUCGCCUGUUUGCUGUUUUUUUUUUCUCUCCACCUGGUCUUUGCAAAGCAACAGUGUGUGUGUGU